AUCCUCCUUGGAACACGUCAGUAUCAGUGAGUCCCUCUGGUCCAGUGUUAGAGGGCAGUGCAGUGACUCUGACCUGCAGUAGCGAUGCCAACCCACCAGUGAUCAGAUACUGCUGGUAUUCAGUGAGAGGGGGUAAGGUGGACUUUGUUGCCUCUGGACAAAAACUCAUCCUGGCCGUAAUUGAUGUUAUUGACGGAGGAGAAUACUACUGUGAAGCCCGUAAUCCGCAUGGAGAGGGCCAGUCAGCAUCUACAAACGCAUCUAUGGAGUUUGCUCCUCAGAUCUCAUCCUCCUCUCGCUGCCUCCGCUCCAGGUCUCAGACCAGCUGCACCUGUGACAGCCACGCUAACCCCGCCCCCUCGGUGCAGUGGCGUCUGUCUGGCCGACAUGUCAAUCAUUCCACAGCCACGCCCAUCAGGGAGGAGCCUCUGGGCAGAAUUGGCCUCAGGAGCACUCUGACCAUCCAUCAAUCACAAGCAGACACACCCGCUGCACUCUGCCUCAGCUCCAACUCUCAGGGCUCUGCCAGUCUGCAGCUUUGUGUCGCCUCCACAGGUUACCAGGUGCUGUCUCUGUUGAUUGGGGCUGGGGCAGGAGCUGCUGGGAUGCUGUUGCUGGGUGUCGUAAUAUUUGUUAUUGCCAGGAGACUGCAUGCCAAGACAACCUGGGAUCUGAAACCGGAGGACAUAACAGAGCUCAUCCUAACUGACUGGACUGUUUCUCAGGAAGAGGACUCUGAACGCCAGUAAAUCCACACUGACCGGACACCCGGGAGCCAACGGGGCCAACGGGAAAGGGACCAGAGGGCCCCAACCCACAGACCUUCCUUGAGGUCUACACUCCCAAAACCCCCACCCCCUAACUGUGAUCACGGACCCCUCCAGCACUCCAGCCUGGACACCACCAUGACUAGGAUAGAGGAGUAUGGAGCGGUAGGGGAGGUAGGGAGAAGGAGAACGGGAACAGAGAGGGGGAGACAGGGUGACAUCAGGGGUAGCAGUAGGUUGACAGAGAGGGAGGUAAAACCCUGUUAAUAACUUAAACGUCAGUGUUUAAAACUUAAACAUUAGGUAUUUAGAUUUGCCAAUAAGUGUUCUCAUCUUAAACACUGGCGUUUAGAAUGCAAGAUUCAACAUGAUAGUCGACUGUUUCCCAGCAGGGGAACACCUAUAUCUCUUAAGUGUUCAGAUUUUUCUGUCAUCCUUUCUAUAGAAAUUGACUUGACUUUCCAUGCCUUUUAUUCACCUUACCUAUAUUUCAGCACAACUGAAGAAAUCUUUUCAAUCGCGUGGUGUUGUUGUUACUCGACUGUGUUGAGUUAAUUUAUGUUAACUCUCAGAGUGAAAAAGACAUGGAAGGGGCCGUAUUAUCAUAUUUCCCAGCACUUAGGCUUCAGGAAUAGAAGUCAUUGAAUGCACAAACACAGUCAUGGGUGAGCAUCUCUCGCAUUCACUCGAAAUGCAUUCUGGGAAAUCUGCAAAUACAGCUUUACACCCUACAGUCUUAAAACAGUAUUUAGUGUUUAAAACCUAAACGCCUUGAGCACGUGUUCAUGUGUUUAAAAAGUGUUACAGCGAAUAAACAUGUUCUGGUGUUUACAAUCUAAACACUGUUGUUUACGAUCUAAACACUGUUGUUAUGAUCUAAACACUGUUGUUAUGAUCUAAACACUGUUGUUAUGAUCUAAACACUGUUGUUACGAUCUAAACACUGUUGUUACGAUCUAAACACUGUUGUUACGAUCUAAACACUGUUGUUAUGAUCUAAACACUGUUGUUUAUGAUCUAAACACUGUUGUUACGAUCUAAACACUGUUGUUUAUGAUCUAAACACUGUUGUUUAUGAUCUAAACACUGUUGUUUACGAUCUCAACACUGUUGUUAUGAUCUAAACACUGUUGUUAUGAUCUAAACACUGUUGUUACGAUCUAAACACUGUUGUUACGAUCUAAACACUGUGACACGUUUUUACUGAACUUCUAAGUGCCUUGAAGAGUUUAGAAAGUGUCCCUGAUAAGUGUUUAGCUAUGAGUUGAGAUCAUAAACACUUGGUUUUACAGUGUAGAGAGUAGAGAGUA